AUGGAGCAGCGAAAAGAGGAGGUUGCCUCCCAAGGGAAUGCAUCCCUCCCCUUGCCGUCACCUGGGACCGAGGCGUGGCCCCCUUUGCCUUUCCAGGCCCAGCCUCCCUCCUUCCUGGGCAGCCCAGAGCCAGCCCACUUGGGGCUGCCCGAGCACCUGGCCUCUCUUACCAUCCCCAUCCGCCUGGAUGUCCUCUCCUACCUCCUGCACAACGCCCUGCUGGGGGCCUACAGCUUCCAGCAGUCCCUGCCCUCCUGCACCUGCUCAACCCAGGCCUGCCACACCCAGCCAGGCAUAGCCCCCAGGCCACCAAGGGGAUGCAGGCACAGGCCUGCAUGGGGCAGGGGCCCACAGAGGUCAGGAGCUGGGAGAGCUGAGCUGUUGGAGAGGGACAGGGCAGAGGGCGCUGGGGCUGGCCCCCAGGCCCGGGCCAAGAGGCUGCCGUCGCCACCCACACUGCAGGCCCAGCGUGGGACCAAGGAAGCUGGAGGAACAGAGCCCCCUCAGGACCAGCUGCCUGCUCCCGAGGACUGGGACACAGAGUACUAG